AUGGCCUUCAACAACGAUGGCACCGGUCCUGAUGGGCCAUGGGCCUACAUCAUCGCCCCAGUCGACGCUCCGAGUCAGACGCUCGGCUUCUACCCGUCCAUGAUCGAGAUGCCCAUGAUAGUCAACGCUUCGGCCUGCCAAGCCCAAUCAGCUCAAUGCGUCAUGCCCACUAUCACCGCAUGGACUGGCUCCGCCGCUCAUGAUCUCUACCUCAACGAGACCAGUGAUGAAUGGGACCCGUCCGAGUGGGAAGACGUCCAUGGCGGUUACGUAACCGAGCUAAUGUCUCUGGAAGGCAGCCUGCGUUAUACCACGCAGCGCCUCAGCCUCGGAACAGUUGAUCUUGACGGUAUUGCCAUGGCUGUCGCCGACAAUGUGACUGCCAGCUUCCCGAAUGGAGACUGGUAUACCGUUGGCAUCGGAUAUUUAUCUUUAUACGGCGGUUCAACUUUCACUUACGAUAUACCCUCUGGCACUCGGACCUUAUCCCUCCAACUUGCCCUCGGCUGGUCGAAAGGUGCCUAUGCUUCAAUGAGUUUCGGACUGCACAUGGGAUCUGUCAUGCACAAGAUUAGCGGCAAACUGUUCUGGGGCGGUUACGACCGGGCCCGUUGCAUCAGCGAGCCCAUCACCGUCGAGUCCAACUCGACCUUCUCCCUCGCCGACAUCUCCAUCGGCGUGGCCUCAGGCGGCUCCGCUUUUCUGAACAACACGUCCAGCGCAACCGAAAUCGACGGCCUGCUGCAGACCAACGGCUCCGACAGCAGCACCAGCCUCCCUCUGACCGCGCAGCCCGACCCGGGCGUGCCGUACAUGUACCUCCCAGGCGCGACCUGCGCCGCCAUCGCCGGCUACCUGCCCGUGACGUACGACGCCGGGCUCGCCCUGUACCGCUGGAACACGUCCGCGCCGGAAUACGACGACAUCAUCAGCUCGCCGCACCACCUGUCCUUCCACUUCCACACGUCGGGCACCUCGGGCGCUACGCAGUCCAUCGCCAUCCCCUUCGCGCUGCUCAACCUGACCCUCGACUACCCCAUUACCAGCGACCCGACACCGUAUUUCCCCUGCCGGCCCUACAGCCCGUCCGACACGUCGAACCCGGCCGCCGUCGUGCUCGGCCGCGCCUUUCUGCAGGGCGCCCACUUCGCCCAGAACUGGCAUACGGGGAGUGUGUGGUUAGCGCAAGCGCCCGGACCUGGAUACGUCGACGAGGACCUCAAGACCAUCCAGGAGACCGACACGGGCCUGACGCCGCUGCCCAACGCCCAGGCCUGGAACGAGACGUGGGCCGAUGUGUUGACGCCGCUGAACGGGAGCACGACGGGCGACAGCACGAGCGGCGGGGGAACUGGGUCUGGCAGCGAGAACGAUUCGGGAUCGGGGAGCAGCGGAAGCAGCAGCGAGAGUAGCGGGAGCAGCGAUUCGGGGCUGUCGACGGGGGCGAAGGCGGGCAUCGGCGUCGGUGUGGCGGUGGGCGGGAUUGCGCUGCUCGGCUUGGUAGGAGCGCUCCUGCUGCGGAGAAGAAGGAGGGAAGGCGCAGAGGGAGGGCCAGACCCGAGGACCGGCGCGACGGAACUGCCGGAGGAGCGGUCAAUGGCAUACGCGGCGGUGCCGCCGCAGGAGCUGGCAAGCGCGGAGAUGCAGGAGUUGCCCGCGGAUAAUGCGAUUAAGGAGUUGCAGAGCCACCCGAAACCGCACGAGUUGCCUGCAAGAUAUGUAUAA